AUGGAUGGCGAGGACUCUGGAAGCGCACUAGCCAAUCGGGUGGAUGCAAGUUAUGGCUACAAUAACCUUGAUUCAUUCUUUGUUAGACGCAUCGUCAGCGAGCUGGAUGCUCUAUUGAAUGAGCAUAAUGAAUUGUUGAAAAUAUUGCAACCUCCAUUAUGCACAAGCGAUAAUCACGCUAUUGUUAUUAAUCCUGAUAAAACACCAGCUGGAGAUCACAUUCGUAGAUUCAAUGCACCUGAUGCUGACGACGUUGCUGGAAUCAUGGUUGGCGAUCGUACAGGUGCACGAGAAAUUGUGAUUCGUAGGAGAAAUAAUAAUCUUCAGUUAAUUGCUGAUACACACCGUUCAUAUGACGCUCUCCAAUAUCCACUAUUCUUCUGGAAGGGACAAGACGGAUAUAGCAUAAAUAUUAUACAACGAGAUCCCGUAUCAGCCGAAACAAACAAGAACGUUAAAUCGAAGGAUUAUUAUGCGUACAGAUUGAUGAUUAGACGCGGGCUGGAUAACGUCAUUCUACGAUUUCGAGAGCUUUGUCAACAAUUCAUGGUCGACAUGUACGCGAAGAUAUACGGCGAACAACUACGAUACUUACGAUAUAAUCAACUCAAGCUACGUGUGGAAGAGUACAUUCACUUGCGAGACGCUAUUGUCAACAACGCCGACGCCGCCGAAAUUGGUAACUCUGUCAUUCUACCAUCAUCGUACGUAUGCAGUCCACGUCACAUGCAAGAGUAUAUACAGGAUGCUCUGACUUUCGUUCGCGAAUAUGAGCGACCGUGUUUAUUUAUCACGUUCACAUGUGAUCCAAAAUGGCUAGUGAUUACAUCUUUGCUGUUGCCUGGCCAAAAUGCAAUACAUCGUCAUGACAUUACAGCACGUGUGUUUAGACAAAAGCUGAAGUCAUCAAUAAAUUUUAUUACUAAAACACAUGUAUUCGGUCCCACACGUUGCUGGCUGUAUUCGGUUGAGUGGCAAAAGCGAGGAUUACCUCAUGCCCACAUUUUGGUUUGGUUAAUCAACAAAAUCCGUCCUGAAGAAAUAGAUAAUAUAAUUUCUGCAGAAAUUCCCGAUUCGUCUACUGAUCAAUUGCUGUUUGAUAUUGUUACAGCAAACAUGAUUCAUGGCCCAUGCGGUAUUUUUAAUCGUUCAUCGCAUUGCAUGUCAGAUGGAAAAUGUACAAAAAAUUUCCCUAAAGAUUUCACUAACGAUACAAUCACAAAUGUCGACGGAUAUCCAAUAUAUCGUCGAAGGAAUCCAGAUAAUGGCGGACAAUCAUUUAUUAAAAACAUCAGCAACACAGACAUUGAUAUUGACAAUCGUUGGGUCGUGCCAUAUUCGCCCCUGCUGAGCAAAGCAUACAAUGCUCAUAUUAAUGUUGAGUUCUGUAGUUCUGUGAAGAGCAUCAAAUACAUUUGCAAGUGUGUCCAUAAAGGUAGUGACAUGGCGGUGUUUAGAGUGGAAAAUACCAAUGUGAAUGCUCCUCCAGAUCAGCGUGUAUAUUUCACGAACGAGACAGCGAUUGAUCGUGCUAUAAAUCCACCAAAAACUACACUCACUGAAUUUUUUGAAUUGUGUAAUCGUGCGGAUGAUUUUGAUGCCUUUGCACAUACUUUACUCUAUUCACAAGUACCACGCUAUUUCACAUGGGCUCAAACAAAUUAG